AACUGUGAAUGCAUUUCCAGAGGAGAUAAUAGAGUGAAAUGUCUGGAAAUGGGAUGUGAUAUGAGUUUUAUCUCAAACUACAAACUCGAUGAACACGUGAAGAGAGUGCACCCGAACGCCCGACCCUUCAUGUGCCCCAACUGUCACAACACGUAUAAACGAGCCAUUAAUCUGAAGAUUCACGAGAAUAAGUGUAAGUCGAGACCAAACAGACACAGAGCCACUCCGGAGGAAGAGUUGGAUUUGAAGCGCUGUGUACUCGACGACCAAAAGACAUAUCGCUGUGAUUGGCCGCACUGUCAGCAAGUUUUGGCCAAUAGAUACAGAUUUAUGGGUCAUAUAAGGGCGCACCGCGGUGAUUAUCGGUUCCCUUGCAAUGAAUGCGACAAAAAGUAUACUCUGAAAGACCUUUUGAUGAGACAUAAGAAGUUGUGUCACAACACAUCGCCUGACAAUCUGCUGGAGUGUCGGCACCCGGACUGUCAGUUCACGACUCGACUCCAAUCUAAACUGGAAAUGCAUUACAACGAGAAGCAUAUGAGUGAACGGCUAUUCAAAUGCCGUAUCAAUGGCUGUAAAUUGAGUUUUAAACUGAAGGAAGACUUAAUCAAACAUAAGGCUAAGAAACACGUGAAGUAUGUGGUCAAUGGAAAU